AUGGGCACCGAGAAAGAAAUCCCGGAGCCGGACUGCCAGACACAGUUCCAGGCCGCAGUCAGAGUCAUUCAGAACCUGCCCAAGAACAACAGUUAUUACCGCCCCUCCUAUGAAGAGAUGCUUCGGUUCUACAGCUACUACAAGCAGGCUACCAUGGGGCCCUGCCGGGCCCCCCGGCCUGGGUUCUGGGACCCCAUUGGACGAUAUAAGUGGGAUGCCUGGAACAGCCUGGGCAAGAUGAGUAGGGAGGAGGCCAUGUUUGCCUACAUCACCGAGAUGAAGGUGGUGGCAAAGAAGGUGAUCGACACAGUGCCCCUGGGCGAGGUGGCAGACGACAUGUUUGGUUACUUUGAGCCCCUGUACCAGGUGAUCCCUGACAUGCCGAGACCCCCGGAAACCUUCCUGCAAAAGGUCACAGGUCUUGAAGAGCAGGUACUGAAUGGAGAUACUGGGGCUACCCCUGAGUCUCCCUGCCUUCCCAAGGAGCCAGCAGCCCCAAGCCCAGAGUCUCAGCCACCCAGGGACCCGGACCCCGAGGUUUUCUGUGAUUCCCUGGAGCAGCUGGAGCCCGAGCUGGUCUGGGCAGAGCAGAAGGGUGCACCUGCAGGAGAGCCUGACACCAGAAUCAGCCCUGUGCCCACAACGGGGAAAGAGGGGCUCAGAGGCAGCCUGCCGGGGCCGCAGGAAUUGGACUCGUGGCUGGUGGGGACAGUUCGAGCACUGCAGGAGAGCAUGCGGGACGUCCAGGGGAGACUACAAAGCCUGGAGAGCAUGCCACCCCCCCGCAAGGAGCAGAGGCCCCCAUCCCGGGAUCGGCCCUGGCCCCUCAGGCUCUCAGGCCCUACGCUGCUCUUCUUCCUCCUGUGGCCCUUCAUUGUCCAGUGGCUCGUCAGGCAGUUCCGGACCCUGAAGAGGUGA